UACGUCUAUUUUCACUUCCUGUACAGUGGGACAUCCCGCAGCUGCAUCCGAGCAGGACUACAACAGUCCUGUGUCCUACUUUCAGACUAUUGCUUCCAUUUUAUACCUUAGGCUGGAAACGAAUGUACGGACAUCUCGGCUGAAUAGUGCAUUAGUGUGAGUGUUGCAGUGAUUGUGUUGUUAUGGAGUGCGGAAUCAGUGGCGAUCAUAUGUGCUGCUGAUCCAGACGUCCUCCCACAAACAGCGCGAUCUCAUCUGCUCUCACACCGCACUGAGAUACAAACCAUGGCCAAACAUCUCAUCUGCUGUUGGAUUCGGGCUCUAGUGGCUCUUUUCUAUUUUGAACAAGCACUUUCUUUUAAUCUGGACAUUAGCAAACCCACAGUUUUCGCUGGACCUCCAGGAAGUUACUUUGGAUUUUCCGUGGCUUUCUUCAAUCCUGACAACAAACAGUUAAACAUACUGGUCGGUGCACCCAGGGCGAACACAUCUGAUCAAACCCCAUCAACAGUCACUGAGAGGGGCGCUGUCUUCAACUGUCCCUGGCACAAAAGUGGCUCAUGCACCCAGAUUGAGUUUGACAGCACUGAUGACAGGAAGAAUUCCAAUGGACAGCAAAUGGAGUUCAAGUCAAAUCAAUGGUUUGGGGCCACUGUGCGUUCCUCUGGGGACCAUAUUCUGGCAUGUGCUCCUCUCUACCAGUGGAGCACGUAUGGAUUAUCAGAGAGAGAACCUGUUGGGACUUGUUACCUGAAGAAAGGCAAUAACAUUGUGGAAUAUUCACCCUGCCGCUCUAACUCAAACUCACCUGAGGGACAAGGAUUUUGUCAAGCAGGUUUCAGUGCUGACUUUGUGAAGCUGAUCUCAGAUGACAUCACUGAGGUCAUCAGCAGAUACAAUAAGGAGUUUUUUACUCCUUACGGUAACCAGUUAUCAACCAAGUCAGCCGGAGCUCAGUAUGAUGACAGUUAUUUGGGCAGGGGUUCUUCACUGAUGUUCACGUGGAUUCAUGGAGCGAAGCUUCUGCUGCUUGUGAAGCUCUCAGUGAUGAGGACGCGUCCAUCUGGCUGCUCUGUCUCCAGCAGUGAAGGUCAGCUGAGCGUCUCCCACAGGCACUGCUUGAUCUUCAGCCCCAGCUCAAGGCUCAGCCGUGGAUGGAGACGGGAUCUUCCUGCUGACACAGAGACCCCAGACACUCGUCCACUGAAGAGACUGAGGCUGAUGGACGGAUGUCAGGAAAGACCGCAGUUGUUCAGGUUGCGCUCUUCCAGUCUGUUGGGUCUGAAGAUGGAUUUGUUGGUGGGAGCUCCUCUGUUCAUGGACCGUGGCUCAGAUGGGAAGCUGAGGGAGGUGGGUCAGGUCUAUGUCUACCUAGGCAAAGGUGGCUUCACUUUCAACAAUGUCAUCAAACUCAGUGGUUCUGAGAUCUAUGCUCGAUAUGGAAGCUCCAUCUGCAGCUUGGGAGACCUCAACAUGGAUGGAUAUAAUGAUGUGGCCAUUGCUGCCCCAUAUGGUGGGCAGUUCCACCGUGGCCUGGUGUACAUUCAUAACGGGCGUCCCACAGGGCCCAAUCCUGUGGCCUCUGAGAGCUUUACUGUGAAAUACUGUCUGAAGGCAAAUGGCAAGGGAGCGCCCCCAUCUCUUCAUUUCCAAGUGUAUCUGACCCUGGACCGUCUCAAACACAAGGGAGCCAUCAAACGGGUGCUGUUCCUCCAUAACAAGAUGUCUCAUUAUUCAAAGAACAUGACUGUCUCCAACAGCCAGGGACCGGCCUGCGAGGAGCUUCAGGCUUAUUUAAUAGAUGACUCUGAAUUUAGGGAUAAGAUCACACCCAUUUCUGUUUUUAUGGAGUACAGCUUGAAUUACAAAGCAGCAGCAGAUAAGACCGGCCUGUUGCCCAUCCUUGACCAGUCUACACCUACAAAUGUCACCAAGCAGGCUCACAUUCUCCUGGAUUGUGGUGAAGACAAUAUUUGCAAGCCAGACUUAAAACUGUCUGUUGUGAGUGACCAGAAAGAGAUCUACAUAGGUGACGAUAACCCCCUGACCCUAGAGGUCACAGCAGAGAAUGGAGGAGAGGGGGCAUAUGAGGCCGACCUUACCGUCACCCUACCAUCUCAGGCAGAUUUCAUUGGGGUUGUGCGUAACAGUGAGACAUUGUCUAGACUGUCCUGUGCCUUCAAGAAAGAGAAUCAGACCAGAGUGGUGGUUUGUGAUCUUGGGAACCCAAUGAAAGGAGGAACUAAGAUAAUAGCAGGAUUGCGCUUCAGUGUGCACCAGCUCUCUGAACAGGAUACAGAAGUCAAGUUUGACUUGCAGAUACAGAGCUCAAAUCAGUUCAACAAUACCAGCAAUUUGGUCUCUGUUGUCACAAAGCUUGCUGUGCUGGCCAAAGUGAAAUUAAGAGGGGUGUCUGCGCCAGAGCAGGUGUUUUUACCCAUCGCUAACUGGCAGCCAAAAGAGAAUCCUGUUCUGGAGGAUGAUAUUGGACCUCUUGUACAGCACAUCUAUGAGCUAAGGAACACAGGACCCAGUACUUUCAGUAAGGCCAUUUUAGAUGUGCAGUGGCCAUACAGAUUCAACAAUGGCUCUCUGCUCUACAUCACCAAGUUUGAAGUGGACGGAAACAUGAAUUGCAGCUCAAACAGGGAGCUCAACCCGCUUAAUGUCACUAAUCCCAGAUUUAUUGACAAAAAUGAGACCUCUGCCAGCGGAGACAGAGCUGAGGGGAGGAACAGACACCGCGUCCACCGCAGAGACCUAGAGGACAAACAAGGGGAAGAGAACCUGGAGAUUCUGGAUUGUGGGAAUGCGGAGUGUCAGGAGAUUAAGUGUUGGGUCGGCCGGCUGGAGAAAGGCCAGAGUGCCAUUCUAUUUAUUUACUCCAGACUCGCCGUGAGCACGUUUCUCAAGGCUGAAAGUCAAAACAAAUCGUACAAUGUUCGCUCCUCAGCAUCCUUCAGUGUCAUAGAGAUGCCAUAUAAAAAUCUGUAUUCUGAGCUCCCAGCCAGCACAACAUCGGCCUCUCUGAAGGUGAUCUGGAAUUCAGAGAACCCUCAGCCUGUCCCAGGAUGGGUGGUGGCUCUGGCUGUCCUGGCCGGACUUCUGCUCCUGGCUCUGCUCAUCUUUGUCAUGUAUAAGUUGGGCUUCUUUAAACGUGUGCGGCCACCCCAGGACGACAGCAUAGAGAAAGAGCAGCUUCAGCCUCAGGAGAACGGAGACAGAAACACAGAAGCCUGAGCUGUUCAUCUUCACUAGUCUUUCACAGUUCCAACUCAAUAAUGCCACAGCAGCAGGUGUGUGCCUGAUUUACAGCAGUGCUGAUGAGAGUACAACACAUCCUUCAUCUUUAUUAGCAGGUCAGCCUUUAAUCAUCCAGACAGCCCUGAUGAGUGAGAUGGCUUUCGUCAUUUGAAUGGUACACAGCUGAGGUGGUUUGAAUAACCAUGAUGCUCUGUUAAUAGGACUAAAGCCCUGUGCCAGUCCCGUUUCCCCUGCGCUCUUGUCCUUUUUUAACUGCACUGAGUCUUAAGACGAGAUUUGAUUUUCAGUCGGGUAUAGAGAAUAACACAUUUAAAAUCAUAAUACAUUUCAAAUGGUUUACAAGUAACAAAAAUAAUAAUGGCAAUGAACCAUAAUACAAAAUGAGAUCAUGAUUUUUACAUGUGAGGUAGUUUGGUACAUCAUUAGAUUGCUGGUUCUGCUUCUUCUGUGGGAGAAACUUUUGUUUUAUUGUUUAUCACUGCUCAGUUUCUGCUGUUUGGGGGAUUUCUGUAGGACUUUGGACUUUCAGUUCUUAUCUGUUUUCUUUGCAAUUGUUUCAGCUGUAGGGAUUUGAUUUCUUAUUUGGGGCGUAAGGUGUAUUCUUUUAAGAAAAUAUUCUUAUUUUUGUCUACUGUAAACACAUUAUUUUAGAGCAGGGUUGUGUUUGUGCGUUUAGAGCAUUUGGUUGAAUUUGUAUUAUAAAAAGAAACAAUAAUAUCUUUGCACAGUAGAGCAAUAAAAUGGUAGCAUUUUUGUAUUUUGAAAACUACACCUUAUGGACAGAGCACCUUUAUUAUAAUGUUUUAACUCGCCUUUAGUUUUAAUAUUCCUCUUGGUCAAAAGUAUUUUU